AUGGGAAAACCAAAUACAAUACUUGACUUUAUCAAAAAACAAAAUACACAAAGUUCAAAUGCCAAUGUUGGUGAUGCGUCAUCGCCAACUUCUGAUAUCCCAAUGCCUGAAAAUUCUCCUCACAAAUCGCAAAGAAUUGACAUCAAUGAAUUUGAUAUUAGUUCAUUGGAAUUUGAUCCUAGAUUGCGUCGUCCGAUUUGGGAUUAUGAUCCUAAUCAACAGGAUGAAAUUCGACGAGCUUACAUUAGAAAUGGUCCAUAUCGACCUAAUGUCUCAAAGUACCCAAAAUCUGGACCAAAAGAUCACCUUCGUAGCUUUCAACCUUCGUGGUACCAGCUAUUUCCUACAUGGCUUGAAUAUUCACGUGAUAAAGAUGCUGCAUUUUGUUUGCCAUGCUUUCCCUUUAGUAAGCCAUCUGGGCAUCCCACGCAACGUGUAUUUACUAUAGAUGGAUUUAGGAAUUGGAAGAAAGUUAGAGAUAGAAAACAUUUUGCUUUUCUCAAUCAUAUAGGAAAAGAUCCUAGUUCAUUUCACAGAAUUGCUGAGAAGUCAUACGACGACUUGAAGAACCAGUCUCAACACAUACAAAAUGUGUUUGAAAAACUUCGGGAUGAAAGUGUGGGUUCAAAGAAUCGUGGAAAUUUUCUUGAAAUAUUGGAUUUGACGGUUUCAUAUAAUAAAGAGAUUGCUGAAGUGAUAGCUAAAGCUCCAAAAAAUGCCUCUUACACAUCACCAAAGAUACAAAAAGAAAUUUUACAUGUUUUUUCAACCAAAUUGAAAAAGGCAAUUCGUGAUGAAAUUGGUGAUGUAAAGUUUUGCAUAAUUGUUGAUGAAGCUCGUGAUGAGUCAAUGAAGGAGCAAAUGGCCAUAGUUUUAAGAUUUGUUAACAAAAAUGAUUUUGUGCGAGAACAAUUUUUUGGGCUUGUUCAAGUCUUUGAUACUGUAGCAUUAACCCUAAAAAAAUGUAUAUAUUUUGUAUUGUCUAAACGUGGGCUAGACAUUCAAAAUAUUCGAGGGCAGGGAAACGAUGGUGCAAGUAACAUGCGAAGUGGGUGGAAUGGGUUGCAAACUUUGGUUUCAAAUGAUUGUCCAUAUGCCUACUACAUUCAUUGUUUUGCACAUCUUUUGCAAUUGGCAUUAGUGGCGUCAUCAAAAGAAGUUAUUAGUGUUCAUCAAUUUUUUACCAAUUUGAAUUCUAUUGUCAAUAUUGUGUGUGCCUCAUGCAAUCGAUUUGAAGAACUGCGGGUUGCCCAAGCUGCUGAAAAUGUUUACAUGAUUGAAAUUGAUGAGAUUGAGACUGGAAGGGGACUUAAUCAAAUUCGUACUUUACAACGAGCUGGAGAUACUCAUUGGCGUUCUUACUUAAGAUCAGUUUCUAACUUGAUCAAAAUAUUUAGUCCAAUUUGUGAAGUUAUUGUUAAACUCAUUGAUAUGGGAACUACUUCUUCCCAACGAGCAGAAGCGGAUUCAAUUCAUCAGGUAAUGACUUCAUUUGAAUUUGUAUUCAUCUUACAUCUCAUGAAAGAAACUAUGCAGAUUACUGAUCAUUUAUUUAUGACUUUGCAAUCCAAAUCUCAAGAUAUUUUAAGUGCCAUACAUCUUGUUUCAUCCACUAAAACGUGUAUUCAACAAUAUAGAGAUGAUAAAUGGGAUAUUUUGCUUGCCAAUGUAAAGUCGUUUUGCAAUAAACGCAACAUAGAUGUUCCAGAUAUGAAUGCUUGUUAUGUGGAGAGACGAGGUCGAGCUCGCCAUCAACAAGCCACCAUUACAAUUAAACAUUAUUAUCGAGUGGAUAUUUUUUGUGCCAUAAUAGAUGCUCAAUUGCAAGAAUUAAAUCGCCAGUUUAGUGAGGAUGCAAUGGAGUUGCUUAUUCUCGGCUCAGCUCUUGAUCCUCGAGUUUCUCGUGAAUCUCUUAGAAUUGAUGAUAUAUGUCGGUUGGUAAACAAGUUUUAUCCGCAAGACUUUACAGAUCAUGAAAAAGAACGUUUGGAAAUAGAACUUCACCAUUAUGAGCACAAUGUAGGACAUUUUGGGACAAUAUUCAAUGGUGCAUCUUGA